AAUCAUAUAAACCUUUCAGCCGCUCCAGUCACGAUCAUGGAGACCAAGCGGAGCGCCGAGCAGCUCUCCCGCGACGCCCAGCGCAAGCGCCGCAAGCAAGUCAAGGCUGAGGCCAAGGACGGUGGCCAGUGGGACCGCUGUAUGUUCAGGGUGGUGCGGAAAAACCGCUACUGCAACAUCUCCAGAGUGUCAGGCUCGCUAUUCUGCGGCAACCACUUACCUGAUAAUGACACAGUAGUAAGCAAGAAGUCGCAGAAGUUCAAGGCUGCCACACGUCGCCGUGUACCGUGUCCGGUGGACGCGUCGCACACGGUGUACGAGUACGACCUGGCCAAGCACGUGUUAGUCUGCAACCGCGUUAAGGAUGCUGAUGCCAUGAAGAAGCUGCCAUAUUAUAGUCACAACAUCAACUCUGGUUCGCAGUGCAGCGGUAAGGAAGACAGCAAAGCUUCAGAUACUGAAGAACCUGCAGUAGAGAAGGAGGAUGAACAUUCAACACCGUCAGCUCAAGAGCAACAAGGCAUCAUUGAUAAACUUCAAGCUAUCGACUUUGCAGAUCUGCGAAAACGCAUUGAGGUGGCGUAUGCUUCUUGUGUUGGUGAAUUGGCACUGGAGAAGCUGCACCACAAAUGCUGUGACCAGCUUUUUGAAGAGAAGAAGAAGGCCGGAGCAUCCAAGAGCGUGUUGCGACACAUUGAGCAGCAAGCAUCGAUCAUCGGACACAUGGAGAAGGUGCAAUUGCUUGAAGACCCAAAUGCAGCUUUCGUGGAGCUUGGAGCUGGGAGAGGAAUGCUGUCUUUAGCGCUAGCACAGAUGUACCCGGACAGUCUGUACGUGCUGAUUGAUCGGGCGCAUACUCGGGGCAAGGCAGAUCGCUUUAUUGGCGGUGACGGCAAGGUUGAUGAAGCUGCAAAGGAAAAUUCGUCUACGCUACGGGCAAAGAUCGAUAUUCGCCACCUGAAUUUUGCCGGUAUGCAAGAGAUUUUGAACAAACCCGUCGUCUGCAUGUCCAAGCAUUUGUGUGGUGUAGCAACAGAUCUGUCGCUACGAGCCAUUGCACAAACACUUCCUGAGUUCAAGAGUGAUAAAGUUACGCCAUUAGAAGGUGCCACUUCUAUCAGUUCUAGUUUCCAGGGCUUGGCAAUCGCGCUCUGCUGCCAUCAUGUGUGUGCAUGGGAGGACUAUGCGAACCCAGAAUUUUUCCUGUCGCAAGGUUUCAAGCCCGAAGAGUUUGAGUUACUCACUAGUAUGACGUCUUGGACCACCUGCGGAAUGGGUCUUGAGGGUGACGCCGUGCAGCACAUUCUCGGCAUCAGCAAAGACGAUCGUGCAGUUUUGGGCAGGAAAUGCAAACGUAUUAUCGACGCAGGGCGUGCGGCGUAUUUGGCGCAGUUGCAGCUGAAGACUCGACUUGUUCACUAUUGUGACACCAAGGACAGCCUUGAAAACUGUCUGCUUGUUGCGUGGCGAUAAACUCGAUCCCUGGAAGUGACAAUUCAAACGUUAGAGAAAUAAUGGAAAUCCGUGGCUUUAUGAAUUCUCGAUUUAGG